AUGGGCGCGAGGCUCAACUCGACGCAGAUGUUCCCGCCGGAUGGUUUGUGCGAGUACAUCUUCUUCGACUCGCUGUACAAGGACGGCCGCAACCCCCUUAACGCGCCCGGACGCUACGAUAGCAACUUGCAAACCUUCCUCGGCGCAGCCACAGCGCACCAAAUCACGGCGUUCGGAAUCGCCAUUUCCUACGAUGCUUCCCACUCGCUGGAGACGCUCCUAAACAACAGAACUGGGAGCUUCAAGCCACUGCGAACCUUCUGGGAUCACUCUAUCUACCACUUCGGUAUUCUGGACACCGCUACCGUGAACCCGAGGGAAAGUGACGUAAUACCUGCCCUGAGGUGCCUCAAGCUCCUGCGUGAGCAUUACUCCAAGGAAAUCAUCGACCAGGGCCUCGAGGUCUUCACGUUUUUUGCAGCAAGUGCUCCAGACGAUGCCUGGGCUACCUUCUACAUGACGAAAUUCAUGAACUUGUUCGCGCCGGACCUGUUCAUCGGUGUGGGCCACUACCCGCGAGGAGACAACACUUUGCCCGGUUGUUUCAUCGUGCCACCCACGCUGCUGCAGAAACCUCGGGAAAUCGGGGACAGCUACCAGCACGAUUUGACAACGGCGUUCGAGAGUUUCCCCAGGCUGUCGAUGUCAACUCUGACGCUGAAGUAUGCGCUGUCGGUGACCAUGAAAGGGCGUUUGGCGGUCCCCAAGGUGUCGGCCCAGUACGGUUUCUUCGCGCCGUGCAUCACCAACGACAGCAUCGAUUCGUUCGCCAGCGUCACCGACGUGAGCCAGACCAAGCAUAGUCCUCAUCGACGUUGGCCUGCAGCUUAUGUUUACCGCAUUUACGCGACUCUAACGCGCACCCCAUUUUCACGGCAAAAAAAAAAAGAAGAAAAAAGUAAAUGAAGGGACGCUAAACAAACUUAUUUCUUCGGUGUUAGCAAAUUACACACGUCCACAAUACCAAUAAAGACACUGCUGGUGCGUGAAAAUACCUGGUAGAAACAAAAUUCUAAGGCUUUUACUGUGACGAUACCGAUUCUGCUUAUCAGGCACACCCCUGCUUGGGGCUCCAAAUUAACUUUGAGCCUCCGGGUUUGUUUACCGUGCACAAGAUGCACGGUAUGCAUGGGCUUUUGCAUUUCGGCUCCAUCGGAAUGUGGUCGCAAUGGCUGGGAUUGAACCGGCGACCU